UUCAGGUGCUGUUAUCAACUAGAAAUGUUAUAUCAAUAGGAAGAACCGUACAAAUACUCGUGCACGUAUAACUUCACUGGGUGCAGCGUCUAUAUGUUUGUAAAGUGUGACAAAGUAUGGCAUCCAAAGCUGUUUAUUCGCAUAGAGACCCUAUGCUGAAGAAAAGAGAUGACUUUGAGGACAUUUUGGAGGAGAGGAGGAACUCCAGCGACCUGAGAUACGCCUUCAGAUGUUACACUCCUGUUCUUUACAAAGGAGUGACGCCCUGUAAUGCCAGCAUGCUGACGUCCAUGGUGCUUCAGUCUGAUCAGCUACACUAUGUCAUCAAUCAGGUUUCCAAAGAGACAGGCAGGGCUACUGAUGAUGUCCAGGAGGAGGCGUCGGCCAUCUUGGAGGAGAUGGCUCACUGUCUGCAGCUCAGCACUGUUCGCUUCUUUGCCUUCACGCUCAGCAAGGUCUUUAAAACCUUGUUCAGGAGCAUCUGUGUCAAUGAAGAGGGCAUCCAGAGGCUCCAACAGGCCAUUCAGGAGCACCCGGUGGUCCUGUUACCCAGUCACCGUAGUUACAUGGACUUCCUGCUGAUGUCAUACAUCCUGUACACCUACGACCUGGCUCUGCCUGUCAUCGCUGCCGGCAUGGACUUCAUGGGGAUGAAAUUUGUUGGGGAGAUGCUGCGGAUGUCUGGAGCUUUCUUCAUUCGGAGGUCGUUUGGCGGAGACAAACUGUACUGGGCUGUCUUCUCAGAGUAUGUCAAGACCAUGCUCAAGAAUGGAUUUGCACCAGUUGAGUUUUUCCUAGAGGGGACCAGAAGCCGAACGUCCAAGUCUUUGACUCCCAAGUUAGGUCUGUUGAAUAUAGUCAUGGAUCCAUUCCUUAAAGGGGAGGUGUUUGAUGUUAGCCUGGUCCCAGUCAGUAUCAGCUAUGAGAGGGUCUUGGAGGAGACGCUUUAUGCCAGAGAGCUGCUAGGUGUACCCAAACCCAAGGAGUCCACUUCAGGUCUGUUUAAAGCCAGAAAGAUCCUCAGUGAAGACUACGGCAGUAUCCAUGUGUACUUUGGUCAACCUGUGUCUGUUAGAAGUUUAGCACAGGGCAGAGUUAACCGCAGCCAGUUCAACCUGGUACCGAGACACAUCCCCGGGAAGCCCAGCGAGGAGAUCAACAGCUUUGUGAAUGACUCGGCCUACAGGCUGGUGCGGGCCCAGGAGGAGAACAUGGUCCUGAAGCCGUGGGUCCUUCUGGCCUCCUUGCUGCUCCAGAACCACCACCAGAACCAGGUGGCAGGGCAGAAACGGGGGAUAGCGUUGGGCGAGCUGACUGCACAAACUGUGUGGCUCAAGGACCUUUCCCGGCAGUACGGAGCCUUCCUCCACUGGCCUGACCACAUGCCUCCAUCAGAGGUGGUUUCCUCCAGUCUUUCCCUGCAUCGGGGUCUAGUGAGGAUCUGUGAGGGAAGAGUGCAGCUGGCAAUGGAACAAGCAGGAGGACAAGCGGGGCCAGGGGGGCCUCACAGCACCGUCACUCCAGAAGAGGAGCUCUUGAGCCAGGCAGUCAUCAUACUCUCCUGUGCCUCCUACAGGAACCAGGCACUGCACAUCUUUCUCCGACCGGCUCUGCUGGCCUCAGCCAUCCACACUACCUCCUCCAACAACAAACAGGAGGUCUUUAACAGUUUCAGCUUCCUAAGAAACAUUUUCUCCAAUGAGUUCAUCCUCUGUCCUGGAGCUACAGUGCAGGACUUUGAGGAGGCCUGUUACCUGCUGGUGAAGACUGGAGCUCUGCAGGUUACCCAGCAGGAGGUUCUGGUAACAGAAAGAGGACACAGAACACUGGCCUUCCUCACCAGUAUGUUAGAUCCCUUCUUACAAGGAUACCAGGUGUUGUUCCGGUUCCUGUGUGAGGAGGCCCCUGAGACUCUGACAGAAAAACAGUUUAUUCCUGCUGUCCGCAAGUUCAUCAUCAAACAUCUUCUAGCAGGUAGACUAAGAUACACUGAGGUGUUGUCAUCUGACCUCCAGAAGAACGCUCUGGCAGCUUUGCUAAGACUCGGAGCUGUACGGAAAAUCAAAGGAGUCGGGCAGGGGACUUUAAAGGUCAACAAGGUGAAGGUGAACUCAUUGGAAGACACUCUAGGAGGAAAACUCCCCACUCAGAAAGCUGUUGUCGCCCGCCUCUAACUCACCGACCUCAUUAGUGGACUGAGAAGGGUCGAAUCUUUUUACUUGCAUCGACGUUAUGCAACAAUGUCUCAGCUCUCCUCUGCUCGGUUGGCCCGGCUUAUCCCUUAGGCAGUCCAACCUAACUGCUUUCUAUGAGAGAUGAAACGAAAGAAUUGCCAUCUGGAGAAAGCUCAGCCCCUUUUAUUUUCUUUGUCUUUUAAUUUCACUUUCUUCUCUUCAUCUCUUUCCUUUUUCUCUUUCAGACCCUUCUAUUAAAUAUGUUUUAUAUAUGUACAUAAAACCAGAUGCUCAGUAAGGCCUUUGAAGGUAUAUUGCUAAGCUCUUUGGCUCAUUCUGAAUAACUGACCUUUUGCUAUGAGCAGCCUUGUGAAAGCUUCUGAAUGUGCCAACUCCACUCAGGAUAGUGGCCAUUCUCCAUUAAUGCAUUUGAUAUGUAUCCUCUAACAGUCAGCGUGCUUUUUCUUUGUGUUAUUUUCAGUCUGCUUUCAUCUGAGCUUCAGUCUGUCUCUGUUCAUUAGCUGUGAGUUUCUCUUUGUCUUGUCUCUGUUUUUUUUUUUGUUUUUUUUUGGAGGACUUUAAUGAAUUUAUUCAUGCGAUGUGGCAUGGACCUAUAUCUUCACUCUCUUUUGACUCACUGUUUUCUCUUUCAUCCUGUUUUUUUCUGUUUUUUUUGUGAAACAAAAGUUGCUAAAAUGGGUGGAUAAGAAGAUUUGGGUGGUUACAUAUUUUAGCUUUUGGUAAAAAUGAUCAUCUUCUUUUGCACUGUAUGACCGAAAGAGUUUUUAUAUAUAUAUAUAUAUAUAUAUAUAUGUGAGCUGAACUUGCCACAGACCCAAGGCCUACUUCAAGAAUAGCUUGUACCAGGUGUCACUGUUGGAUUUAAACCACCCUGGUACAAGUUUUCCACCCACCCUCAGGCCUUGUGCCAACACUCUGAGCUUCAUGGACAAGCAGUACAUUCAUCUUUGUUUACACAGUGGAGAUAAUGCUACAAGUCUUAUGCCAGUGUGACAUAGUUGCCAAACUCCAUAUAAAAUUGCAGUUAGUUAUACUGAAGCACUACCAGCUACACCAAAGGGAAUAAAUUUGAAAUAUUUGUUCACUGUUGGAGAUAAUUUACAUGUUUUCUCAUGUUUUCAAGUCUAGAGUAGUUAGUAAAGUUGCUUCAUAGUUACUGAACAGAAUAUAUUGAAGUUGUUUAAUAUUAAGCCUUUAUUUAUAUUCAAAGCGAGACACACUUGAUAUAAUUUUGUUACAAGGGAAGGAAGAAAAGGCAAAAAUAAAGGAAAAUAGCAGUAGAUGUAACAUAGAAACUCAGAAGAACAAAGCUAAUAAAAUGUCACAGAGAGUACUAACAGGUCAGGACUUCAUUUAAAAGGAGCUUUAAAAGUACCAGGACAACACAUGAUUUUUUUUCAUGAUUGCCUACUUAGCUGAUUGUUCAGAAGAGUGGAAUUGUUUAUCAAAUUUUCCAAAUUAGAUUAGUUUAAAAAUCCUUAUUUUCAAGCUAUUUAUUUGGUAGUUAACCAGCAGUGUUAUCAUGUUACCUUGAAAACCUAUUCCAGUGCAGAUUGGGAUUUUACAGACAGGCAGAGCUGCUUUUGGAGGCAGAAAAAACCCUCUUUGGUUGAGUUAAACCUCAUGGUAAAAAUCAAACAGCCACUGGUUCUCUGGCACUUCAAUUAGUUUGAAAAAUUUUGAUAUUGUUGUCAAUAUGAUACCGGAGUUUCUGUGGGAAUACUAACAAUCCAUUUUUUGAUACCUCCAUCUGUGGAAUCUAAACAUGUUUCUCUACAAAAUCCCUUUUUCCUGUUUCCACAAAAUAAGCCAAAUUUCUCAAAUGCAUUGUUUUCUGCCAACUUUCGGUACUUGACACAGUUCGGUCGGUACUUAAAAGGUAUUGGGGUUUGAUACCCAGCUCUACGCCAAAGCCGUGUUUACAUGGGAUAGCUGGCAUUUUGUCACAUCCGUGGAAAAACUUGCAUUGAAACCAACUGAGUUCAGCCUCAAAACAGUCUGUAGAAAUUUCAGAAGCCUAACUCUCAUUCUUCUGUUAAAAUGUUGGACUGUGUUUUAGUAGUUACACACACCAAUGCUCUAUCAAUGAGCAGGUGUCGUUGAAAUAAAGGGACAUCAUCUGUUUUUUGUUUUUUGACUGAUCCCAAAUGCUCAUGACUAAUGAUACGAGGGAAGGUAGCCAAUAUGAGUCUGAUGCUCUUGCUACUAACAUCAGUGUAGCCCAUACUAAGUUGUUCAUCUUGAAGUUUUAAAAGCUUACACUUCAAAAUCAGAAAUGAUUGCAAAAAUAAUAUAAAUGCAACCUCCAACUUCUUUGAUCGUAAAAUUUUCCAGAUACUAAACUAGGCUUCACUCACUGAGGUUAAGUCAACCAACAACAAAGCAGCUCUCAAGAAAUGUUUGUAGAUCAGCAAUCUGCAUGUGAACACGUGUCAUCCAAAGUGCAAGUCUACAGUGUGAGUGUAUUUGUGGUUAAUUGUUUCAAUAACAGCUUUUAUACUGUGUAAUGUCUCAAUAUUUGACUCAUUAAAGUGUGUAUGUGUUGGGUGAGGCCGUUUAGUACCGACUAUACCUUCUGAUGAAAUACAAAUACAAGUGUUUUGAAAUACAAAUUUCAGCCCAGAUUGUGUCUUGUAGAUAAACUGGUGGGUGGUCAAUUUGCUCAGACUGAUUAAAAUUCACUCCUUCAUCCUUUUACAUCCAAUGUUUGUUUGAUAGUCAAACCUGUUGUGACAGACUGCUGAGAGAAACCGUUUGAUCUUAACCUAUUAAAACAUGAUGUGAUCAUA